UGUUUCCACGGGUAAAUGUAUUGAAUUGGACUAUGGGUAAAAAGGGAGAUAGCUUUAUAUAUACAAAUAGUGCUUGAAAGUUGCGCAACAUUUGUAGUUUGUCUCCCCAUUGACCAAUCAGAUUUCAUUUCCGGAACUUGUACUGCAUAAUACUUCUACUAUAAUCUUUAAUCCAUUCAUUAUGCACUUUGAAAGAAACGAAGAAAGUAUUGCUACUCCAAAUAUCACAAAACGCACUUGUAGAUUUAAAAUGGCCUAUAUACGAGUCGGCGUUUGUUUAGCGUUUGUGAUUACAAUUGUCAGCCUACCGGUUGUGUUUAGCGGCUCAACAUGCAAUGCUUCGAAAAACAUACGAUUGGACAAUAACAUGACAAGGGAUGUUGUUAUUUUAAAAGCUAUAGUUAAAAAAGUAAAAUUUACUAGUAUUACUAUCAGAGUCCAAAAACAAUUCACAACGAAGCAAUUGGAGGAAUCAAGUAUUAAUAUUUUAACACCUGAAACACUUUUUGAUGUUUGUGGAUCUGAAAUUGAAACUGACAAAGCAUAUGUAUUUUUUUUGGUUCCAAUAAAUGGAACCAAUAGUAAAUUUGAACUAUCGGAAAAUGUAUACCAAGCGUCUAAGGUGAUUUUACGUCAAGUUCGUAAGAUUGCAGUUCAAUUAGAAGCCACAACAACAGCAGCGGCAACAACAUCAAUAAUUGGUACAACUGUAGGAAUUGAAACAACGAGUAUGCCAGGACCUGGAAACUCAAUGGUUGAGCUGUGUGAUGAAAACAACACACUUACAUGUUACUAUGGAGGAACAUGUUACCAAAUAGGAGGCGCCGCCCCACACUGUUUUUGCCCGGUUGGACGUGCCGGAGCACAGUGCGAAUUGAUUGACUAUAGUACAUUGACUUUUGAAUCAACAUCUACAAAUAAUUCUUUCCUGGAUAUGAACGAAACAAUUAUUGUUCUCAGCAUUAUGUUUGUUGCUACGAUUCUUAUCAUUGUUGUCGGCGUGCUUUUCUACUUGAAAUAUAGGAGAUCUAUUGAAACAGAUCGGAUCGAACGGCUAAAAGCUAUGGAAGAAGCUGGGGCUGUUGAACAAAAUACAAGUCAUGAGAGGGUUGCCAUGAUUGAUAGUUCUUUUCAACAAGAGAGGACGUCUCAGGUAUGACGCGAUGAUGACGCGAUUGCUGCUGAGAGCAACAGUAAGCCAAUGAUGAGAGCAAACACGAGCUUUUCCAAUUCGAACGGUCUUUAUGCCAGCAAAAAAUGUGCAAUUGAAUUUUAUUUAUUUAAGCAAAUGGAAGAAUAUGGCAUAUAUGCAUACCGAAGCCUUGAAUAUAUUCAUGUCUUGUUUUUACGUCAUGGCUCAUAUGGUGAGUCUUAUAAAGCGUGAAUGGUUCGUAUGCAUUAGUAAUACACUUACCGUACUUAUUUCAUAAUUACCUAUUAUGGCAUUAUUACGUAACUCAUCUCAAAUAAUAAUUAGCUCUUUAAUUGAACCACCUUGAUUUAGUUAUUCUCGCUUGUUCUUUUAACAGACAUAUUUAUUUACCUUUUCAUUUAUUUAAAUAAUUAUAUGUACUGGUACAUAACAUAAAUAUUAAGAAUACUUAAUAAAAAUGUAGGCUAUAUUAGUAUAACGUAAAAAUUCAAUCUAUGACUAUUGGUGAGAUUAUAGUUAAUUGUUCAAAAGACAUUAAUUCGUUUGAAUUCACUAUAUUAUGUAAUUAAAAUUACGUUUAAAUGUUGUAUAAUUAUUCUAGUUUGGUACAUGUAUUUUGGGCUAAUGUACGCUUGCCCUAAAAUAAAGUACUGUACCUGUAUACUUUAAACUUUUGGCCAAAAAGGCAUUAAAUAUUGAUUCGUUAGGUUUAUGGUUAGGUUUAGCCAAUUUGUACUGGCAAUUGUGCCAUUAUAAUAAGACUAUAUUAUUUGAAUUUACGUUACUAUAUUUUAUAACUUUUCAUUUAUUAUUUCAACAAGUUUAAACUAAUGUCACAGGGUUAUAUCAGAAUUAUUAUAACUAGUAACUUGAUUUCACGAUAUAAAAAUAAUCCUAAUAAUUAAAUAAUAUGAUGAUGAUGACGAUGAUAAUAUCAGAAAAUAAACAAUAAUUGUACUAAAAAAUACAUAUUUAUUCUGUUUAAGUUUUUCUUAUUUCAAAUAUAAAUUCUAGUGUAGCUUUGGUUAUAGAUCUUGGCUGAAGGACAGAUAAAAAUAUUCUUGAUUUUUACAAAAUUCGUUGAAAAGUAAGAAAAUAUUUGAAGCAAACAAACAACAAGAAAUAAACCUACUACAUACGUGCUGCAUCAUUUAGCCGGGACCGAUCACCUUGUACGUAGACAGUACGUAGUAUAUUCAAACUUUUAUAUAGGCCUAAUUUAAAACACGGAUUACAGUAGUAUCAGCAUUUGUUAGCAAAUUUGUAUAACAUUUUUUGAAGAUAGAAUUUAUUUAUUAUAUAAUGUAAUGUUUUAGUAAUAAAAGAUAGAAAAAUAGUACGAA